AAGCGUGAGAGGCGCCGGCAGCGCCCUCGAUCCCGGGGCCCGCGGGGCUCGCACGGCAUGGCGGCGCCCGGGGCGCGCGGUGCCAGCCUGGCGGGCCUGCUGCCCGCGCAGACGUCGCUCGAGUACGCCCUGCUGGACGCCGUGAGCCAGCAGGACAAGGACGAGCUGGUCUUCCAGUACCUGCGGAAGGUGGACGGCUGGGAGCGGGACCUGGCGGUGCCCGACUUCCCGGAAGGGUUAGAAUGGCUGAAUACAGCAGAGCCUCUUUCUGUUUACAAGGAUCUGUGUGGAAAAGUGGUUGUCCUCGACUUCUUCACCUACUGCUGCAUUAACUGCAUCCACGUGCUGCCCGACCUGCAUGCUCUACAGCGCAGAUUCUCCGACGAAGAUGGCCUUCUGAUUGUGGGUGUUCACUCCGCUAAGUUUCCAAAUGAAAAGGUCCUGGACAAUAUCAAGAGUGCUGUCCUUCGGUAUGACAUCACCCACCCUGUGGUUAACGAUGCAGACGCCAGCCUUUGGCAGGAGCUUGAAGUCUCCUGCUGGCCAACACUGGUCAUACUGGGACCUCGUGGAAACAUGCUGUUUUCUUUGGUUGGAGAGGGACACAAAGAUAAACUAUUUUCAUAUACUUCUAUCGCUUUAAAGUAUUACAAAGACAGGGGACAGAUCAGAGAUGGGAAGAUUGGAAUAAAACUCUUUAAAGAAUCUCUGCCACCAUCACCAUUGCUGUUCCCUGGCAAAGUAGCAGCGGACCACGCUACGGGCAGACUGGUCGUUGCAGACACUGGGCACCACAGGGUCUUGGUCAUUCAGAAAGACGGACAGAUUGAGUACAGCAUUGGAGGACCCAAUCCCGGAAGAAAAGACGGAAUGUUUUCAGAGUCGUCUUUUAACUCUCCACAGGGUGUAGCUAUCUUGAAUGAUAUCAUCUAUGUGGCUGACACUGAAAACCACCUUAUAAGAAAGAUUGACCUAGAGGCUGAGAAGGUGAGUACUGUAGCUGGCGUUGGCGCUCAAGGAGCAGACACAGAGGGCGGGGAGCGAGGCGAAAAGCAGCCCAUCAGCUCCCCUUGGGAUGUCGCGAUUGGAGCCUCAGGUUCAGAGGUCCAAAGCAAUGACGUCCUGUGGAUAGCCAUGGCUGGGACUCAUCAGAUAUGGGCACUCCUCCUGGAUUCUGCCACACUGCCAAAGAAAAGUGAGCUGAAAAGAGGGACCUGCCUGCGGUUUGCUGGGAGUGGGCAUGAAGAGAACCGGAACAACGCAUACCCUCACAAGGCGGGCUUCGCCCAGCCCUCAGGUCUCUCUCUGGCCUCAGAAGACCCCUGGAGCUGCCUCUUUGUGGCAGAUAGCGAGAGCAGUACAGUGAGAAGCGUCUCGCUCAAAGACGGAGCAGUGAAGGCCCUUGUAGGAGGAGAGCGGGACCCCACGAAUUUAUUUGCUUUUGGUGAUGUUGAUGGAGUAGGCAUCGGUGCGAAGCUUCAGCAUCCACUUGGGGUUGCAUGGGACCAGAAGAGAAGCCUGCUGUAUGUGGCAGACUCCUACAAUCACAAGAUUAAAGUUGUAGAUCCGAAGACAAAAGUCUGCACAACGCUAGCAGGGACCGGAGUUGCGAAUAAUGCCGUUUCCAGUUUUGCGGAGUCGGCCUUUAAUGAGCCUGGAGGGUUGUGUGUCGGUGAGAGAGGCCGGCUCUUAUAUGUAGCAGACACGAAUAAUCACCAAAUCAAAGUGAUGGACUUGGAAGCAAGGACAGUGUCAGUGCUCCCGAUCUUCAAGCCUGGCAGUGUCGUGGUAGACGGCCCCUUCCCUACAGAGAAACAGAAGGUGAUGCCCAAAAUGCCCAAGUCUGCCCCAAACAUUCAACUCGCCCCUGUGGCUGUGUGUCCUGGCCAGACUCUGCAACUCCAGCUCAAGCUGGGCCUUCCACCAGGAUCAAAGCUGACGGAAGGUGUGCCCAGCUGCUGGUUCCUGACUGCUGAAGGCAGUGAGUGGCUUCUUGAGGAACAGAUCCCGUCUGGAGACAUAGAGAAUAUUUCCAAUCAACCCACACUCUCACUGCGGAUUCCUACCAGUUGCCUGUCACUUGAAGCUGAGAUAUCCGUCCGCGUGUUUCUUUACUACUGUAGUGCAGACAGCACUGCUUGCAUGAUGAAGGGAAUCUUGUUCAGGCAACCUUUGCACAUCACUGACGCCCAGCCAGGCUGCGGAGCUCCUGUAGAGCUCACACACGUAUUCUAGAGAGCCAGCCGGAAGGAAGCCCCUCAGCACCCCAAUGCAGCCUCCAUCUGUCGUUUAGGGAAAAAGCAUUAUACAUACCCAUUGCUCAGUUGUCGCAACUGAUACCAAAAUAAAGCUGUGUUCCUUAUUAACAUUUUAAUUCUAAACACAUUUCUUCAUUUCAGCUAUGUACUAGCCCAUUGACCAUCAUUGAAACCACGGUAGUGUAAGCUUUGCUGCUCUUUGGUACAAGGCUGCAGUCCUUGGCUGUGUUAGAUGAUAAUGUAAUUUUCAGUCAAUACUGAUGAUACAAGGUGUUUUAAACGACCUCUUCUGCCUUUAUCUGUGGCUAUCAGCCACUUCAUGUGUGAACUUCAUAGUUCACCUGGACAUGCCUAGGGUGUGCACCUUUAUGUGAGACACGAGACACCUCCAGGCAGUGUCUACGGUCUGUUUGAAGCCAGAGCAAAAGCUGUGUUCACCAGAAGCGGAGAGAGCACAUGACUGUCUACUUAGUAUCUCUGCUGUGUUUUUUCAAAUAGGACGUAUUUUUAAAAGAGAGUUUUCAUCUAUUUUUAUUAUAAAUUAUUUGUUUUAACAUGCCAUUAUUAAUGCCUUAUAACUUUAUACAGAAAAACAAUUUCUAAGGGCAUGUAGACCUAUUCUUGACUAUUUUUUAAAUGAACAUAUUCCUAGCAGACAGUACCUAGCAGUCAGAGACAUGCAGACUUUUAAGGUGGGGUUCAGGCUGUGCUGCUGUGUGUGAUAGUUUAUUGUAAUGGUGGAAUUUGAUACAAGUAUUAUGUUGUUUUCAAAAUUUACAUUUCAGUUUUAAGAGUUAAAUACAGAUUUAUUGAGUUUGGGUUUUUGUUAUUACUGUUUUGGUUCCCAUAUUUAGAAUUUAAAUUGUGAUCUUUAAUUCUGAUAUUUUGAAAAUCACAUGUAAACCUUCAAAUUGCUAUUAUCAAUGUAAAGUAUUUUAAUGUAGUUGGCAUGUAUAGUUGUCCUAAUACUCUCAUUUAAAGUAUUAGGACUGAAACACAGUGAUUUGCUGACUGUU